UGAAGGCAGCACGGUGCUACUUCCGGUGAGUGAGGCUCAGUCAGCUGUCACUGAAUCUGAAGCAGAGAGACAAGCAGGAGGUAAAAAUGUCGGGUUUCAACGACAGGUUCAGCGCGUACACGAUGACCCAGCUCAACGAGAUCCUGGAGGACGACGACAAGCUGAGCAGCAUGGUGCAGGACAUAGAGGAGAUGCAGGAGGUCCAGCAGAGCAAGGAGACGACGCUGGUGAACAACCGGACCCUCGCUGAGCUGAACCUGGACCUGCAGCCCCGCCUAGAGCAGAAGAAGGGGGAGCUGACCCAACGAUACGGCCGCCUGCAGGAGAACUUCGAGUCCUUCCAGCUGCGCAAAUCCACCCUAGACCACAAGUCCGGAAACACCUCCCUGGACAUUUUGCUGGCCCUGCUGCAGGCGGAGGGAGCUAAAAUAGAAGAGGAGACAGAGAACAUGGCCGACUGCUUCCUGGACGGCGACAUGCCUCUGGACUCCUUCAUCGACUCGUACCAGAGCAACAGGAAGCUGGCCCACCUGCGGAGGGUGAAGAUCGAGAAGCUGCAGGAGAUGGUGCUGAACGGUCAGCGGCUCCCGACCGUCCCCAACUCCCGCUCUCAGGACGUCUCCUCUGCUGCCGCCGCCAACUCCGUGCUCAACGGCGUCGGCAACGGGUCGUCUCCCGUCGCCCAACAGAGGAGGAAAAAUCCUCCCUCCCAACCGGCCCCCAUUCUCAACCAGGCUCCCCCCGCCGAGGCUCCCGCCUUCCACUCACCGUACCCGCCGAUCCCUCCGAGAACGGGUCAACCGUUCCCCAACGUGUCCUCCGGAUACCCCGGCCACUUCCUGUCUCAGUACCCCCCCGCCCUGCCUCAAAGGCCCCCGCCCCGUCUGGCCCCGCACCCCGGCUUCAUCAUGCAGUAAACACUCUUGACUUUUUCCCUUACUGGAAAAGCUCCUCUUGAGAACUAUUUUUCCCACAACGCCUUCUCGGGGGGAUGUUGAAUCGAGGCGGGCGUGCAGCGGCCGGUGGGGUCGGCUGAAGCAGAUCCACCAAUCGUCCCUGAAAUGUGGAUUUUUUUUGCCUAUUAUUUUAACACUCCAGAUCGGCCUCGCUGUCCUGCGUCCUUCCAGUGGAAGCGCAGGACGGUCUUUCUCUCGGCACCUUUCAAACAAGCUUUUUACGGAGCACUAAAAUCAUACGAAAAUAAAGAUUUGAUUUCCAUCCGCAGCGUAAAGAACCGCCGGUAUAUGCAAACAACGAGAGACCCUAAUUACUGUGCAGGCUUCAGGCGAAUCUGCAUUACGCUGUGAUUCUACUUUCUUUUCUAAAUCUAAAACAUUCACAAGGUACAUAGAGACAUAUUGGAGCUUCUUUUUAUAAAGUAUAGUACUAAUGGAGUCAAUGAUAGACUCGUAUUAACGUGUGUGAAGGACGGGGCGUGGUGGUCUUCUCUCCUUGGGGUGUCUCCCGGUCCGACCGCUGCGCUCUCCGGGCAGGCGUCGGGGAGUGGAAGAGGAGAAGAUGAUAAUGAACGAGGAGGCGUGUGGAGCCUCGUGCUAAAUGAAGGAUUUUGUAUAGCCAUACUGAUGUUGUGCGUGGGUUCCUGUUGCUCUGCAGCACUCCUUUAUAAUCUGUCUUAAGGUGCGUUCACAACCGAACGCAACGCUCAUUUUCCCAAGUUUGACCGGAGCAUCAUUGGCGGUCACUAGAGUCACUCGAACUAGACGUGCUGGCUAGGGGGCGGGGCUUAUCUCAAUGUAGGUACCAACAUUAACAAAAUGCAGUUUCUGAACAGAUCAGAGGAAGUCUGACUCAACAAGGUCAGCGACGACAGCCGUGGAUCCAACUACCGUGAAUGAAGCGUGACCCCAUGGCGUCGCUGUCGAUCAAUUGACUUGCGCCGGGCCGAAAAUCCGCUCGGCGUCCGGUGUGAACGCACCAUUAGCGCUGGGAUCGGGGAUUAUGCCAACAGCUCUUUUGAUCUCAUCUGGUUCUGUCACCGAGCACCAAAGAUCACUCCGAACUUUUUUAAUUUCAAGUGAGACACUCAGUCGACCAUUGAUCCCAACAUAUCUGUCUGUUGCUCAAACACUCUUUCUGUAAAGCCAGAUUUCUUCAGGAGGAACUUGCGAGGCUUCGGGAGGAAAUGUUGUUUUUUUGUUUGUUUUGAAACUCACUCGUUUUUCCUCCCGUCGCUGUGCACUGUUGAAGAGCCACGAGUGCCUACACUUGAAGUAUUACGUUCUGCUGACUGCUCCUUGUUAGAUGCCCCCCCCCCCCCCCCAAACAACAAACUUUCUGAGCAUUUGGUCUUCCUCCUCCUGCUACUGAUCUCCUGUUCCACCAGAUGGCGGUCUGACUGUUGACGGUGCUUCUUUCCCAUUCUUCCUCUAAAGAGAGGUGCAGGAAUGAGUCCUGAAACCCUGACAGCACUUUUAUCACUUCCUGUUCCCUCGUUUAGAAGUCAAUUUUUUGGGUUAUAAUCCCCAAAUAAGAACUUUUGUUAACAUAUUAACUCUUCUUUUUUGGAAGUUGAAGCAUAAAUGCAAUACCCAGAAGUAAAAAAACACCGCUAAGCUAAAGGCGGCUAAUGUUGGGCUAUAAAGGAACUACAGCACGGUCACAUGACUUCAGGUAGUUCCUUUAUAGCCCAACAUUAGCUUCUUCCCUCAGAAAUCCUAAAGUGGUGUUAAUAUGUGGAGAUUAUUCUGCUGAACAAAACCAGGAAGAUGCUGCCUUCAGGGUCCUCUACAAAAAUAGGUCAUCCCUGCACCGCUCUAAAACAUGGAGGUUUGCAUGUGUUGUGCAGUUUUUUUUAAUUGGUGGAAUAACAGGGCUCAAAAUGUUGUCAUAUCUUGGUGAUAAAUCGUAGCCUUAAGGCAAAGAGUGCAGGAUGGACAAAGUGUCCUUUCAGAAACAGCUGAAAUCGUCACGAUGAACCAGCAUUUAACGACUAACUAAUGGAUAACUCUUCUGUGCAUGGCCUUGGCUCUUUGUGUCUGAAGACUCCUCUUUAAUACCUUUUUAUUUCUCGUCUAGCUGUUGAGCUGCUCUGUUUGAACUGAUCCUCUCUCCAUGGUUUUAUAUGUGGUUGGUGAUAUUUUCAGUGUAAUGUUGUAGGUAUUCACUUAUAAUGAAUGUUUAAGUGGAAUUUAAUGCUAUUUUCAAGUUCAAUAAAUCUCACAUUUUUGUA